AUGGCCACGCCAAACAAAUUCAGCAAUCCCGACACACCCGCCGGAGAUUGUCUAUGCGGCUACCUCCACUGUUUAGUCAUCGAGCCGGCCAAAGCGAUCUUUUGUCUACCGUGCGUAUGCGUCGCCAGAGAAAAACUGAACCGCGAGAAGCAAAACCCGCGCAUUGUCGACCAGGCCCCUGCUCCAGCAGCCCAAAUGCAAGGGUACGCGUCCAAGCCACGAGAUCAGUGGCCCGAGAGCUGGCGAAACCCUGAGGUGAAUGGCGGUCUGCUUAAGAAAGAGUCGCCGUCCCAGCAGGAGAAGACCGCCGCCGAGAAGUUCAGGGACGGUAUACUCGCAGUUUGA